GUUUGCGCGUCCCACUGACCCCGAUCUACUGAGAGCACAGAGGGAAGCGCGUGGCUGCAGAGUCCGCGGACACCAUGGCGCUCAGUGCCACCACCAGCUCGUGUCGGAGGCUCUUUCUGCUCCACGUCACGUUGAAAGGGGUGAAAUGCGAUGUCGGAGAUCCCAGCAGCUGGACCUGUCGACUCGGAGCACGGAGGCACCUGCUGUCAGAAGAUGUCAUUAAGCUGCAGGAGUUCCAGAGGAGGAAAGUGGCGCUGACCUUCAAGCACGGAGGAAAAGGAGAAUAUGUACAAGCCUUCAAACACAAACUUGACCGAAAUGAACGGAUCUUGCGUGACGAAUUAAAAGAGCUCCUUCAUCUGUGUCAAACGCCAGAGGAUAUGGUCGUUGCGAAGGCUGCCAUUUGUAGGUAUCAUGAAGAAAAUCAAAAUGUGCCAAGAAUGGACUUUAAGUUUGGACCCCUGUUUAUGAGACUGUGCUAUGAACUGAACAUGGAGGAGAUGGCAGCAGACACAAUAAAGGACAAGACUCUGAAGGGAUUCUUCCCAGACUCAACAUCCUUCAACAUUGUCAUGGAUAUGCUGUUUACAAAAGGACGCUACGAAAUGGCGUUAGAAGUCCUGACAGACAUGAGAAGCCAGGGGGUGCUCUUUAACAAGCACAGCUACAUCCUGGCCUUCGCUAUCUGCUACAAGCUGAACAGCCAGAGGUCAUACAGGAUCUGCACUACAAUUCUUGAAGAGGCGCAGUUAAAAGGUCUUCUCGUUCCCAGACAUGCCUACUGCUUUGCUGUGGCCCUUGCAAUUAAACAGGGGGACACUGAAAAGGCCAAAUCUUUAUACUCUCAAAUCAUGAGCACUAACAGGAUAAGUCAGAAUCUCCAAGUGUAUGUGUUAGCCCUCAAUGGAGCCUGGAACGAUGUUCUCUCCAUGCUGACGCAGGCCAUGGACCCCAGGAGUCCAUUUGUGAAGAAGCCAGAAUUUUCCCAGGAAGUGGUGGAUGCGGUACAGCGCUAUGGUGAGCAGAACCCCUCCUUCCGGCACCGGGUCAAACAGGUCUUGGCACGUCUGCAGCAGUCAGGACAGGUGACAUCCCUGACCCUUGAUGAGAUGCUGUGCUUCACGCCCAGUGACCAGGCCCGCCCAUUCAGCAAGAUGAUGCAAACCAAGAAUGUCUACAGGGCACCAGGAGCUCUGCAGUCUGCCCUCUUGUCUGAGUAGCCCUCUUGACCUUUCUGGAGGCCCCUGCAUCCUAUUAACUGUCCCUGCUAGCUGUCUACCGGUGUAGCUGUCUGGUCAGCCAGCAAUGUCCUCCCUUGUCCUCUCCUCACGAGUGUUACAGCAGAUGUCUGCAUAACAUGUUAGUGGCAUCCCUAACUGGACAGGAGUACUUUCCGUGCCCUCAAGGACAGUGGACAAAAUCCUUUGCAGCAGAGGAAGUGGCAUUUUGCUGUAUUUCUCAGUAGUAAAAUUUUCAGCAAGAUUUGUGAGAAAUGGAGUUUGUACAUUUUUGAGUUGCUGAUAUACAGUUCAUGUUUUUUUGCACCAUGAUUGUGGCCCAUAUCUGUAUUUUUAUAUGGAGGGACUUAAUCUGGUAUGGUUCACGAGUGAUGGGCCUGAUGUUGAAACUCAUUAUCACCAAUAAUCACAGUCAUAUUUAUGUAUCAUUUUAAAUGUGAUCUCAAUGACAGUGGUACUGCUGUGGAUGUCAAUAGGUGAAUUUAUAACUGGGAUAAAACCCAGCAUCCAUUUGCACUUUAACGAAAGUUUUUGGUACAAGGGUGUGAAGAUGAGCAAUCCGCACAAAUGCUUUUACAUGUCUUCCCUUUGGGCCACAUUGAAUUGUGCAGAGCUGGAAAAAAAAUUACCCAUUAAUCACUUGUUCUGCAAUUAACAUUUUCUGUGAAGGGCUGUGGAUUUUAUUUUCUUUAAAAAAUAAAAUAAACUAGGUUCCUUUUAAAGUACUUUUUGAACAAAAUAUUGGAGGAAGAUGCUGUGUGUGUGUGUGUGUG